CCCGCACGCAGUCCACACUUGGAAGUCUUGGCAAGGACAGCUCCCGAGCCUCAGGUUUUAUGGACGACGCACAGACCAGGGCUUAGUCAUCAGAGUGCACUGCUGUGCCCGCUCGAAUUUUGAAAGCCCACAAACUGGAAAUUAUUUCGGGAAAGACUUCAACACGGUCGUCAGCUACUUGUCUCUGAGCCUUACAACCGACUUCAGGCAAGGCCCCGCUGGAUCACUGAAAUCAGUCAAGAUGAAGUUCUUGAAGACGUCGCGAGUCUGCCUCGUUACCCGGGGUCGUUAUGCCGGCAAGAAGGUCGUCAUCAUCCAGCCCGUUGACAACGGCUCCAAGACCCACCCCUACGGUCACGCCAUUGUUGCCGGUAUCGAGAGAUACCCCAGCAAGAUCACUCGCCGCAUGAGCAAGACCCGCCAGGAGAAGCGCUCCAAGGUCAAGCCCUUCAUCAAGGUCAUCAACUACAACCACUUGAUGCCCACCCGCUACACCCUCGAGCUUGAGGGUCUCAAGGGCUCCGUCUCCGCCGAGACUUUCAAGGAGGUUUCCCAGCGCGAGGAUGCCAAGAAGACCGUCAAGAAGGUUCUCGAGGAGCGUUACACCUCCGGCAAGAACAGGUGGUUCUUCACCCCUCUCCGUUUCUAAAUUAGUCUUCUACUCUCGGUCUGGGCAGGGCGCAUGGUUUUAGGGGGCUGUAUACAGCAUUCAUCCAGGGAAUAAAACUUGAGGCUUCCUGACUAGUCUGAAAUUAACGGCAAAUUGAAACAAGAGAGAUGACGACCAUAUCAACCAUUCCAAUUUCAAUUCAUCCACGUGCGGGCAGUCUUCAAGUCUCAGGCAUCUCAUCGAAGGACAUGGAUCUGCGGAUUCCAACUCUUUGAAACGGAGAAGGGGGAUUGCCCCUGGAGGGAAGCACUUCGAAAACAGAACAGCGAUCGAUACCCAUAGACCGGCGACGGAUAGUGUUCCUGGUCGCGAGCCCCAUGAAAGGGACUAGAUACAUCAACUUGAUGAAUCAUUGAAGCAAACGAAUGAGCGGGAUUUGGAGACAACAAUGGCCAAUGAUUUGGGUCAGUAUAUGACCAUGAUGUGAGAUGUGUUCACCUCGCCCACGUACUUUUGCCAAAAUACCACCUCCCUUUUUCUCUCUCCGGCCACCUCGUCGUUCAGACGCUAUGUACUUAGAUUGUUGCAGUUUAUUGACGCGCAAUGCUGAAGCCAGCGGCCAAAGUGAAACUAGACAUCAUAGUCCACAGGGCUACUUGAAUCAACAUCCUACAGAGAAAAUAUCAAUAUGUCACUGGAACAUACUCGUACCUAGACCUCAAGAGGUUCAGAA